AUGUCAUCUACCGUAAUUCGCACCAUCUCCCCGUCGACUAACAGGGUCGUCUGCGAGGUCCCCAACACGUCACUGGCCGAGGCCAGGGAAAUUGUCGUAUCCUCGACUGAAGCCUUCCUAUCAUGGCGCAAUCUCCCUUUGAACAAGCGCCGGGAUAUCGUUGCCCGAGGUCUCGCCCUGAUCCAGGACAAGAAGAUGGAACUGGGGCGUGAACUGACGGAGCAGAUGGGCAGGCCCAUCGCUUUCUCGCAUAAGGAGAUUGAAACGAUGCAGAAGCGCGCCGACUACCUACUCGAAACGGCAAAGUUGGCACUUGCAGAUAUUCCCGGCCAUAUUCAGGAGGAUGGGUUCCAGCGUUGGAUGCAGAAGGUGCCUUUGGGGCCUGUUCUCGUCAGCUUUGCCUGGAACUUCCCGUAUCUCAUCAUUGUCAACGCCCUCGUGCCGGCCCUCUUGGCUGGCAAUACCGUCAUUCUCAAGCCAUCGCCGCAGACCCCUCUCGUCGCCACACGCAUCCAAGAGAUCUUCUCAGAGGCCGGACUGCCCACGAAUGUUCUCCAAGUGGUGCAGUCGGGCGAUGUCCAGAUGCUGCGGGAGCUCGUUCAGAUCCCAGGUAUCAGGGGCGUCAGCUUCACGGGGUCCACCAAGGCAGGCGACGCAGUCCGCGAAGCCGCCGCCCAACGUGAGACGCCUGUUCCCUUGAACCUCGAGCUCGGUGGCAACGAUCCCGCCUACGUGAGGCCCGAUGCCGAUCUCGCAUACACCGCCGCGCAGCUGGUCGACGGGGCCAUCUUCAACGCGGGGCAGAGCUGCUGCGCCGUCGAGAGGAUCUACGUCCAUGCCGAUGUUCACGAUGCGUUCGUCCGUGAGCUUCAGCGGGAGCUCGAAACCUACAGGCUUGGGGACCCCCUAGACCAGACCACGAAUGUCGGUCCAGUUAUCUCCAAAGCAGCCCUUGACGUUAUCAACUCCCACAUCGAGGACGCCCUUUCCAAGGGGGCCAUUAACGCCACUCCCGCCAAUCCCACUUUCGCUACUCUGCCUGCCACUAGCGGCAACUACAUUGCGCCCAGUCUCCUGACCAACACCAACCACAACAUGAUCAUUAUGCAGGAAGAGACUUUUGGCCCAGUCAUUCCUGUAGCCAAGGUGAGCAGUGACGACGAGGCAGUCUUGCGCAUGAAUGAGUCGGAGUACGGAUUGACGGCCAGCGUCUGGACCAAGGAUACUGCGCGCGGCUCGGAGCUGAUCGCCCUGCUGGAUGCCGGCACUGUUUUCGUGAACCGCUGCGACUACCCCAACCCCGAUCUCGCCUGGACUGGUUGGAAGAAGUCGGGGCUUGGAUGCACCCUAGGUCCUCGCGCCUUUGACUUUUUCACUAAGCUAAGGAGCUUCCAUAUCAAGGAGAGCCAGAAGUAG